AUGAGACAAAGUGUUGGAGUCAUGAAAAAUAAAACUCAUUUAUUAUUUAAAUACAAAGAAGAACAAAAGUAAUAAGCUAAUAGAUUCAAAAAAAAUAAUGAUAUCCAUAUACUAAGUUUAAAUAUUGAUUUAUAACAUUUAGAACCAAAUACAUUAUUGCUAGAAAAUUUGGGUGAAUCUACAGCUAAUAAUUUCUCUAUUGAAAUGUAAGUUCAUAAUAAGGGAUUACCAUCUCAAUGGGCAACUCAAUAUGAAGAUUGUUUAGACAAAAUAAAACAAGUUUAAGAAAUUCGUAAUUAAUUACAUCCUAUAUUUUAAUAGUUAAAGAACUUUAAGUUCUUGGAUCUAAAAGAUUAAAGAUGUAAUUUGGUGAUGCCUCAGCUUUAGAGAAAUUGAUUUAUGAAAACAAUUAAAAAGCAACACAAGUAUUACACUUUUCAUGAUUAGAAAAUUAUGGAAUGUGAAAAAAAUACAGAAUUUAUUGCUAAUUACAAUAAUGAUAAUGAAACAUAAAGUGAUAAGAAAAGUAUUCUAUUUUAUAUUUAUCAAUAGUUCGAAUGAAUAUUAAUAGAGCAUUAGCUUAAUAAAUCUAAGAUUUAACAAAUGCUUUAAGAAAUCAAUAAAAAAGAAUGGUUACUAUGAUCAAAUAAAUUAAUAAAGAUGAUGGAGGUACUUAUUUAAAAUAAUAAAUUAGGAAAUUUUUUAAAAUUAAGUGAACAGAAAUAAUAAGAAAUGAAAGUUGCUGAUGAUGAACUUACUUAAGCAGAAGAACAAAUGUAUGAUGAUAUAAUUUCUGAAAGGUUUAUUAUCUAUCUUAUUUAUUUAAGAGAUUAAGAAAUCAAUAAAUUAGUUACUAUGAUUAAUGAAUUAGCAGAAGUGUUUAAAACAUUAAAUUAAUUAGUUAUUGAUUAAGGUACUAUUUUAGAUAGAAUCGAUUACAAUAUUGAUUAAGUAGUUCACAAUGUUAAAAAGGCUAAUGAAGAGUUGAUAAAAGUAUUUAUAUUAAAAUAAUAUAAAUAGGCUGAAGAUUCCCAAAAUUCUCCUUUAGCAAAUCGAUGCAUUAUAAUACUUAUAAUUAUGAUUGCUAUUUGCUGUGUGUUAUUAACCAUUAAAUAUUCAAAUUGAAAAC